AUGUGGUAUAAGUCUCUGAAAGAUGAAACAGAUGUAGGGUUGAGGAUGCUUCACACAGACAAGAAUGCCAUGGACAUGGCUAGAAUUGGAAUGAGGGACAACAUGGUGGAGCUUUUUGUUGUUUACAAAGAUGCUGAUACUACAAGGAAAGGCUGCACUAUUAAGGAAGUUGAAGACAUAGAUGGUGGUGAGGCUGCUGCACCCACUGCAGACACUGUUGGGCCUGGUCCAAUUGUGUUGCACAAGACCCAAUCAUUUGCUCAGGCCAAGGUGGGUAAGAAGCCCAAGGUGGUGACAAAAGCCCAUAAUGAUGUGCUGGAGGAUGGUGAUGAAGAGAGGUCAGAUUUUUCAGGAGGUGAUGAAUCUGAGGAUGAUGACUACCGGCUAGGAAAUGAUGAUGAGGGGGACAGUGAUGAACAAUGGAGUGAAAAUAGCUCUAGAGAUAGUGAUCUGGAGGUUGCAUUUGAUGACAACGAUGAUGAUCGGAAUGGUGAUGGGAGUGUUCCAACUGAGAGAGAACAAGGAGAGCACAGUGGCAGUGCUAAUAAGGGUAAGGAGCAAGUGGUGGCUGCUGGAUUAAGAGAUGAUGAUGGGUAUGAGAGUGAGGGGUUGUGGGAUGUCCCUGUAAGUGAUGAUGAAGGGGAUCCCUUGUUGAGGAGGUACCCGUUGUAUAAGAGUUUGAAGAAUAUGAAGGAGUAUAAAUGGGAGGUUGGGACAAUGUACGUAGAUAUGAAUGCUUUUAAGGAAUGUGUAACGAGCUAUGCUGUGCACAAUGGCAGAGGAAUAUGGUUCUCAAAGUGUGAUAGCCAUAGGUGCAAAGCUAUUUGCAAAGAAGGUUGUAAGUGGUUUGCUUACUGCCAUAAGAUGAAGAGAGAAGAUACAUGGCAACUGACCAGCUGUUACAAAAAACACACAUGCUCUAAGGCAACCAAGAUUUGUAUAAUGAGUUCUCAGUGGCUAAGUAAGGCUUUUAUGAAGAAGAUCUGUGAAAACCCGAAAAUCAAGUUAAGAAGUUCGAUAAAGAAGGCUCAUAACAAGUGGAAUGUGGAUCUCACAAUGACCAAAGCUGCCAGAGUGAAGCAGCAAGCCUUGGAUGAAAUUAAUGGUACUUAUGGAGAGCAAUAUAAGAGGAUUCAUGACUAUGCUGCAGAGUUACUGAGGUGUAAUUCGGGUUCUACUGUUCAGAUACAAGUGGAGAGACCUCCUGAAUUUCAGCUAGAGACACCAACUCCUGGUACGGACAUGAGACCACGAUUUCAGAGGAUCUAUAUCUGCUUGGAUGCUUGUAAACGGAGUUUCAUGGUGUGCAGACCCAUGAUCAGCCUUGAUGGAUGCUUCAUCAAGACUCCAUAUGGGGGUCAACUUCUAACAGCCAUUGGAUGGGACCCCAAUGAUCAGAUUUUGCCAAUUACCUAUGCUGUUGUUGAAGCAAAGAUAAAAGACUCGUGGAGAUGGUUUUUGUUGAAUCUGUGUGAUGAUUUGGGAGUUGAUAAGAUCAGAUGGUGUACAUUCAUGAGCGACCAACAAAAGGGAUUGAUCCCAACCUUUGAUGAGUUGCUGCCUGGCAUAGAUCAUAUGUUUUGUGUCAGGCAAUUAUAUAGUAACUUCAGAAAAAGGUUUCCAGGUGUUCAACUAAAGAUGAUGAUGUGGAAGGCUGCAAAGGCAACAUAUGUCCAGGAGUGGGAGAGGAGGAUGAAGGAGAUUCAGCAGGUUGAUCAAGGAGCUUAUAAUCAUCUCAUGGAGAUCCCUGUCAAAGAAAUUUUGCCAAAAAUAAACAAGAAAAUUGAAAGAGAGUUUGAUAAGGGUGAAGAGUGGUUGGCCAUAUAUGCUGGUAGGGACAAGUAUGAAGUGUCUAUCAGUCAGGGUAAUAGAGCCAAGUUUGUUGUGGACUUAAACUUACAUGAGUGCUACUGCAGAAAGUUUCAACUAACAGGUUACCCUUGUGAGCAUGCCAUGAGUUGCAUUAGGAAAAUGUGUCUAGAUGUUAAGAACUAUGUGAACAAGUGUUAUAGGAAAGAGACCUACGUGGACUGCUAUCAACAUGUAAUUUGCCCACUGAAUGGACCAAAUCUCUGGUCCCAGAUUGAGAAUGAUGAUGUGCUGCCACCAGUGUUUAGGAAAGCAAUAGGUCACCCAAAACUGAGUAGGAACAAGACUGGUGAUGAGCCACGCAACAAUGGACCACUGUCUAAGUUAUCCAGGACUGGACAACAACAAAAAUGUUCAUAUUGUUUUGCACUUGGUCACAACAAAAGAACCUGUCCUAGAAAACGUAAGAUGAAGGCCUCUACAAAAAAGCAGAAUGCAACUCCAUAA